UCCUGACUGGAGGUAGUAAUCUGAAUGUGAGGCUUCUUCCCAGGAAAUUCAAACUAAACUUUGGUUCAGCGACUCCAUUUAAGGCUAAUUAGCUCGUCUCUUGUCUCAGACACAGUCCUCGUCCCGCAGAAGGAGACACGGCCGGACAGAAGACCACAGACAGGUUGUUCUGACUCUCUGCUCUACUCUGGUUAGCUUGAUAACACUCUUGAAUAUAAACCACACUGUUUGAAAAUGGCCACAGAUGAGCUGUCGUCGAAGCUCAGCCGCCGGCUGCUUAUCGAAGAAGGAGCCGAGGAGGCCGUCGCCGUGGACGGCCAGGAACAGGAGAACGGCUCGGAGGAGAAACCGACUACGGCCAACGCUGACUCUGAGCUGGGAGCUAAACUGAUGAGACGCGGGGAGCUGAACGAGGGGCAGGGCGAGCACUGCCAGCCCAGCACCAAGGUGUUCAACCCUUACACCGAGUUCAAAGAGUUCUCCAGAAAACAGAUCAAAGAUAUGGAGAAGCUCUUCAAAACGUAUGACGCUGGGAAAGACAACUACAUCGACCUGAUGGAGCUGAAGCUGAUGAUGGAGAAGCUGGAAGCUCCACAGACACACCUGGGUCUGAAGAACAUGAUCAAAGAGGUGGACGAGGAUCUGGACAACAAGCUCAGCUUCAGAGAGUUCCUGCUGAUCUUCAGGAAGGCAGCAGCAGGAGAGCUGGCAGAGGACAGCGGCCUCGGUGUCCUCGCUCGCCUCUCUGAAAUCGAUGUCUCCACAGAGGGGGUCAAAGGAGCCAAGACCUUCUUUGAAGCCAAAGUCCAGGCCAUCAACGAGUCCAGCCGGUUCGAGGCUGAGAUCCGCGAGGAGCAGGAGGUCAAGAAGAAGCAAGCCGAGGAUCAGAAACAGAGACGAGCCGCCUUCAAAGAACUGCAGUCAGCCUUCAAGUGACCUGCUGUCCUUCCUGUCAGGACCUGUCCCUGCUAACACUGUCAGCUUGUCUAUGUAUGUGUGUGUGUGUGUGUGUGUGUGUGUUGGAAUGCUCCAUGUAUGUGAGACAGAGGUCAGGCUCAGUUAGUCCAUGAUACAGUGGACUACAUACAUUGUGAAAUAUCAACACUGUAUAUGCAGUGAUGCAGAUAAACAUCAUCUACUGAUUGAUCUCAUUAACACUGUUCUACACUGAGAGUCUGCACUGAGCUCAAUGAUUGGAUGAUUGUGUGACCUGAGCUGUCUCACAUUAGUGGAGCUCUCCUCUGUUUGUAUCUUCUGCUCUUAUCUUUGCACUUUAUGUGCCGUGCAGCGCUACAGAAUACCAAAGGGACAGGCAAAGGGAAUUUCCAGGCAGCAGAUCUUUACUCUGACCCUUUUUUUUUUUUUUUUUUGUUGACACACGUCCUCUGAGUGAUGACAUUUUAUUGUUGAAAUGAAAUAUGGCCGGUUUAAUCAGUGACCGUAGUCCUUUCAGACAGUUGGCGUUCGAACGUGUUCCUCGUUCAUUUCAGUGAGAUAACUGUUGGCACAGCACAGAGCUUAGCAACUAAACAGAUAGGAAUGAGUGAUAACUUCUAAAAUCCUGCCUCAUAAUGUAAUAAACUGCUGUGCAGUGUUCCAGCUCCUUCAUCCAGUAAGCCUUCCUGGACACUAUUUGAUUGUCUCAGCUGAUCCUGAAAAAAAACAUGCAGCAACUCAGCAUGUGUGUUAGUUUAAUCUGGUCUGAAUGUUCACUGUCUGUUUGUGUUUGGAUCUUCAUUCUGUGACCUGUUUUUAAAAUGACAAAGU